CACGAAAAUCGGCAGAAAACCGGAGGAAAAUCCCUAAAGAGAUUUUCGAACAGAGGAAAAACUGUCUUCUACGGAAGGCUGAAAUAUUUUCAUUGUGCGGUGAAGAACAACUGAUAGCGAAAGUGGGAGUGUGGGAGUGAAGAGGAGACCAAACAAGUGCCGGAACGUGCUCGAGUGCCUCCAUCCUUGCGGUUUUGGUUUUUGUGUCUCGAGCCGCUCCUCCCCGUAUUUAUAUACACCCCGUAUACGCCGUGUUGACACGUCGGCGGUCGCCAGUUUUCGGUUUUUAUUUAAUUUUUUUUAUUUGUAAUUUUUUCCCGUGGUUAGCCGGGCCCAAAACUUUUCGCCUUUGUCCCCGGCCCAACAAUAAUAUUUAACGGCCGGAGUGAGAGUUAAAGUUUAACUGACUGCAAACCAACUUGAAAUUAAAUCAAUUUGCCAAAAGCAGCUAGAGUGGAAGUGAGAGAACUCAAAGGCUCAGUCAAUUAGCGAUGAAGGCUUUGUGAGCGGCCAAGAGGUUUUUGGCCAGGCCACCGAGUAAGGAGCUCAAUUCCGGCGGCGACGGAAAUGGCUGCUUAAGUGGUGCGCAUCCGAACCGGAACCACCGGCAGCAGCAAGUCGAGCACGCAACCGCCACUCAACUCAUUAGCCCGGCCGUAAAGAUGGCCAACUUGAGCUCCACCACCAGCACCACCCAGAUUCCCCUGGCCAGCACGACCAACUGGAGCCUGACUCCGCCGGGGACCACCAGCGCCAUCCUGGCGGAUGUGGCUGCUGCCGCUGCUGCUGCGGCUGCGGAGGAGGAGAGGAGCGGCGGGAUCAUCCACAACCAGUUCGUGCAGAUCUUCUUCUACGUCCUGUACGCCACCGUCUUCGUCCUGGGAGUCUUCGGGAACGUCCUGGUCUGCUACGUGGUGCUGCGGAACCGGGCCAUGCAGACGGUGACGAACAUAUUCAUCACGAACCUGGCCCUGUCGGACAUACUGCUCUGCGUCCUGGCGGUGCCCUUCACCCCCCUGUACACGUUCAUGGGCCGCUGGGCCUUCGGGAGGAGCUUGUGCCACCUGGUGUCCUUCGCCCAGGGCUGCAGCAUCUACAUCUCCACGCUGACCCUGACCUCCAUCGCCAUCGACAGGUACUUCGUGAUCAUAUACCCCUUCCACCCGCGCAUGAAGCUCUCCACGUGCAUCGGCAUCAUAGUGAGCAUCUGGGUGAUAGCCCUGCUGGCCACCGUUCCCUACGGGAUGUACAUGAAGAUGACCAACGAGGUGGUCAACGGCACGCAGGCCGGGAACGAGACCCUGGUGGAGGCCACUCUGAUGCUGAACGGGAGCUACGUGGCCCAGGGAUCGGGACUGCUGGCCGACGUCCCCGACGCCACCUCGGCGGCCCAGGCCUACAUGCAGGUGAUGACCGCCGGGUCGACGGGGCCGGAGGCGCCCUACGUGCGGGUGUACUGCGAGGAGAACUGGCCGUCGGAGCAGUACAGGAAGGUGUUCGGGGCCAUCACCACCACGCUGCAGUUCGUGCUGCCCUUCUUCAUCAUCUCCAUCUGCUACGUGUGGAUCUCCGUGAAGCUGAACCAGCGGGCCAGGGCCAAGCCGGGAUCGAAGUCCUCGCGGCGGGAGGAGGCGGAUCGGGACCGCAAGAAGCGCACCAACCGGAUGCUCAUCGCCAUGGUGGCCGUCUUUGGACUCAGCUGGCUGCCCAUCAACGUGGUCAACAUAUUCGACGACUUCGACGACAAGUCCAACGAGUGGCGCUUCUACAUCCUGUUCUUCUUCGUGGCCCACUCGAUCGCCAUGAGCUCCACCUGCUACAACCCCUUCCUCUACGCCUGGCUGAACGAGAACUUCCGCAAGGAGUUCAAGCACGUCCUGCCCUGCUUCAAUCCCUCGAACAACAACAUCAUCAACAUCACCAGGGGCUACAACCGCAGCGACCGGAACACCUGCGGUCCGCGGCUGCAUCACGGCAAGGGGGAGGGGGGACUGGACGCCGACGACCAGGACGAGAACGGCAUCACCCAGGAGACGUGUCUGCCCAAGGAGAAGCUGCUGAUCAUCCCGCGGGAGCCGACCUACGGCAACGGCACGGGCGCCGUCUCGCCCAUCCUGAGUGGGAGGGGCAUCAAUGCCGCCCUGGUCCACGGCGGGGACCACCAGAUGCACCAGCUCCAGCCCGCGCACCACCAGAAUGUGGAGCUGACGAGGAGGAUCCGCCGGCGCACGGACGAGACGGACGGCGACUACCUGGACUCCGGCGACGAGCAGACCGUGGAGGUGCGCUUCAGCGAGACGCCGUUCGUCAGCACGGACAACACCACCGGGAUCAGCAUCCUGGAGAGCAGCACGAGUCAGUGCCAGGACUCGGACGUGAUGGUCGAACUGGGCGAGGGAAUCGGCGCAGGCGGAGGGGAGCUCGGGAGACGAUUCAACUGAGACAGGAUUUUCGAAACGCAUUUCUAAGCAUCUUCUUGGACGGACUUCUAUUGAAUUGUGCUAGUAAUUCAAGCCAAAAUAAUGCAGGGAAAUGUCAGCUGGAUUUCGGAAG